GCACGCACUAGUGCGGACGGAAUUCAGGCAGGAGCAGGAGGUGUGGGCGGGCGGGAUAGGUCUCUUCCCAAGAGAAAAGACUGGUGGCGUUUUGGGGUCCCAAUGCGAUAAAACCGGACCUCUCCAGAGGCGAACCCACGGCGGCCAGCCUCCGUGCGGGUUCGGGGUCCAAGGGCAGCCGGCAGCUGGGGCUCCUGGUGAAGACCUUCAGCUCUGGGUAGGGGAGCGAGUGCGCAAGGAUGAACCGGUUCCGUUGACUUGUGUUGAUGCAUUUAUCUCCAGGUGGCCACGGGGCAGCUGCUGUUGGACGCCCUUCUGUGCCUGCCAGGUCUACUGGGCUUCCUUCCCGGGCAGAGAGUCCCUCUGCGGCGGCGGGGCGGCCUCCCGGGGCCCCUGGGCCAGGCCGGUCAUGGGCAGCACCCUGGGCUGCCACCGCUCCAUUCCCCGGGACCCCUCGGACCUGUCCCACAGCCGCAAGUUCAGCGCAGCCUGCAACUUCAGCAACAUCCUGGUGAACCAGGAGCGGCUGAACAUCAACACGGCCACGGAGGAGGAGCUGAUGACCCUGCCGGGGGUGACUAGGGCCGUGGCGCGCAGCAUCGUGGAGUACCGCGAGUACAUCGGCGGCUUCAAGAAGGUGGAGGACUUGGCCCUGGUCAGCGGCGUGGGCGCCACCAAGCUCGAGCAGGUCAAGUUCGAGAUCUGCGUGAGCAGCAAGGGCAGCUCGGCGCAGCACUCUCCCAGCUCCACGCGGCGGGACCUGCUGGCGGAGCAGCAGCCUCACCACCUGGCCACGGCCAUGCCCCUCACCCCGCGCGUCAACAUCAACUCGGCCACCCCGGCUCAGCUCCUGAGCGUCCGAGGCCUCACGGAGAAGAUGGCCGCCAGCAUCGUGGACUACCGCCGGGAGCACGGGCCCUUCCGCAGCGUGGAGGACCUGGUGAAGACGGACGGCAUCAACGCCGCCUUCCUGGACAGGAUCCGGCACCAGGUGUUCGCGGAGCGGUCCCGGCCCCCGUCCACCCACACCAACGGAGGCCUGACCUUCACCGCCAAGCCUCACCCCAGCCCCACCUCCCUGAGCCUGCAGAGUGAGGACCUGGACCUGCCGCCCGGCGGGCCCACUCAGAUCAUCUCCACGCGGCCUUCGGUGGAGGCCUUCGGAGGCACCAGGGACGGCCGGCCUGUGCUGAGGCUGGCUACGUGGAACUUGCAGGGCUGUUCCCUGGAGAAGGCCAACAACCCCGGGGUGCGAGAGGUGGUGUGCAUGACGCUCCUGGAGAACAGCAUCAAGCUUCUCGCUGUGCAAGAACUCCUUGACAGAGAUGCCCUGGACAAGUUCUGUGCGGAGCUCAACCAGCCGGUCCUGCCCAACAUCCGCAGGUGGACAGGGCCGCGGGGAUGCUGGAAGGCCGUGGUCGCCGACACGCCCUCGACUCAGCUCCAGAAGGGGGCCGGCUUCUCGGGGUUCCUGUGGGACGUGGCGGCCGGGGUGGAGCUGAGAGACGCCGCCUCGCAGGAGAGCUCCCCGGGCAACGGGCACGGGAAGCCCGCAGGCCCCAGCCCGUACCUGGCGCGCUUCAAGGUGGGAAGUCAUGACUUGACUCUCGUGAACCUUCACCUGGCGACCCUGCCCCUCCCGGCGGGGGAGAACCCCAGCAGGAAUCACAGCGACGGCCCCCGCGGGGCCAGCUUUGCCCCGGCCUUGCAGGAAACCCUGAGAGCAGCUGCAGGGCCUCAGACAGCUCAUCACACAUCACCCGAUGGGGACCAACAGUGCCGCCCUCAGUGCCUGGGGGCUCGCUGACUUCGAGAACCAAGCCCAUUGGUGCUGGUGGACGGGAGUUGCCUCGGAAGAUUCCAGAGGGAUUGAAGCACAUGAAAAGGCAGAUCUGUGCACGCUUUGCCGGGCGGCGAAGCCGGGAUGGUUCAGCUGGGCUCGGGUUUUCGGGGUGCCGGCCUUCUCUGGUGAGGGCUCGCAGCCUGGAAUUCUCUCACGUUUUUGAGCUCUGACCAAUAUCCUCUAGCUUUCUCAGCAUUUUUCUUGUUACUUUGGCCCCUCACAAUGUAGUCAAUUAAUGAAGAAGCGACUACAAAAAUAAUUUGGCCAAACUCUACAGUCUUACAUUUGAGAUUGUUUUGUUGCAGUAAAAUGCACAUAACAUAAAAUGUACCAUCCUAGCCAUUUCUAAGUGUGAGUGUCAGUGGCAUGAAGUACUUUCACUUGGUUGUGCGACCAUCACCGCCCUCCAUCUGCAGAACUGUGUCAUCCCAAACUGAGAUUCUGUCCCCUGAACCACUAACUCUCCCUGCUCCCCUUACCCCCACCCCCAAUGCCUGGGAACCUCCAUCCAUUCCUGUCUCUAUUAGCUUUUCAUCUUCAUUAGUUUUGGAUCUUUUUAUGCAUCUGCAUAAAGUGACUGCUCUAGGGACCUCUUAGAAGUAGAGUCUUAAAGUCUUUGCCCUUUUGUGUCUGGCUUAUUUCAUUUAGCCCAAUGUCCUCAAGUUUCCUUUAUGUUGUAGCACGUGCCAGGAUUUCCUUCUUUUUAAAGCCAGAUGCCAUACCGUUGCAUAUAAGGCGAAGCAAAAGUAGGCUUAUAGUUGUGGGUAUUCGAAACACAGUUUAUCCUUGCAUGAUUACAUGUUAUUGAAUUAUUUCCCACACAAACAACUGUACACCUACUGCUGCCCCACCCUGAACAUUUACUGCCUGUCCAUCCCCCAGUUUGGUUUACCUGUCCAUCCGCCAGUGGGCACGUGGGUUGUUUCCGUCUUCCACCUGCUAUGAACAUCAAAAUGCGGCUUCCGUCCGGGGCCAGGAUGUGCUGGGACCCGCGUUCUCCUGAAAAGAUGAGUCUCUGGGCUGAGACAGGAGCAGCUAGGUGGGAAACUGUUCGCCUAUAGCUAGUCUGUGACCUAUUCAAAGGGUGGCUGGAUGGCUUUUAGAACCUGUGGCCAUUCCUAUUGCUCUUGAUCUCAAGCUCCCCCCCCCCUUUUUUUUUAACGUGGAAACAGAGGAAACCCGCCAGGUCUUUGCUGCUCUGAUAACCGCAGGCACUCCCCGUUUCUCUCUGGCACCAGGGUGUGGUCAGGUUUGCAUCAGAAAGCCUGGGUGGGUUCAUGCUCUGAGUCCCCAGCGGGCCGCUGACCCACAGCAGCGCGGCCUUGACGCGUCCGGGUGCGGGCAGUGACUCACGCUGCCGGUGUCCCCCCAGGACUCGGCCACCCGAGGACUCAGGAAGUGCCCCUGCCGCGGGCGCAGCGGGCGCAGCGGGCAAUCACGGGCCCAGGCAGCUCAGCUGAAACAAAGGCCAGGCCUGGCUCCACAGGCUGUCAGAGCAAACAGCCGUGGGUUAGCGGGCUCGGUCUUCCUGCCGUUGUCGGAGGCUGUGCCAGGCUGGCAUCAGCGGGGGCUCUGCCCGUCAUCCGGUGGCGUCUUCUCUCAGACCCCCCGGGGCAAGACCAAAGCCGGCACAGAGUAGCGCCCGGCAUCUGCGUGGACGGCCCCUCCGCGGGGACCGGCACCUGCCAUUGGCACUGACGUUCUACAUGCCUCGGGGCCGUCCAGGAAAUCCGCCCGAGCAUCCUCCCUUCUAUCCUGGGAGCCAAGGACGUGACCGGGGAGCCCAGCCGAGGCGAUGCUCUCUGGGAGAACCCAGGCCUCUGCACCCUGAGAUUCUCAGCGACAAGCAGUGUCUCGAUGGCUUCCCCGCCGCCGUCACCUAAAGGAGAGGAGCCGUGAGGAUCCCGGCGGGCGGCGCCUGUGCAGAAGGAGCUGUGGCCUCCUACAUGGAAGACAGAAGAGCGUGCCUUCCAUCCUGCGGUCACAGAGCUGGGCCUGUGGAGCCUGCACACCCAGCAUCCCUCCUGGUCGAGAAGGGUCUUCCAGCCCCCCUGUCCUCAGG